AUGCACCGAGAGGAGCGCCUUUUGGUCGCGGUGAAAUCUGUAUCUCAAAAUACGAGUAAAUCGAGCGCUGGCCCCGGGAUGCGGCCGCGGCACCGGGCGCAGACGGCGGCUCAGUGUCACCCCCACAACCUCCCCACAGCCCCACAGAUCUCCCCGCCGCCAUCGCACUCCGGGCGCCUCCCCUCCUUCCACCUCCGCCGAUGUCUAUCGCCUCUCAACGUCGCGCCGCCUCACCUCACGCCCUCGCGCCGGCAUUUCAUUGACCUGCAUUGCCCGGGCGGGGGCGUCACCGCGUGUGGGGGCGUCACCGCGUGUGGGGGUGUCACUUCGUGUGGGGGCGUCACCGCGUGUGGGGGCGUCACCGCGUGUGGGGGCGUCACCGCGUGUGGGGGCGUCACCACGUGUGGGGGCGUCACCGCGUGUGGGGGCGUCACCGCGUGUGGGGGCGUCACCGCGUGUGGGGGCGUCACCGCGUGUGGGGGCGUCACCGCGUGUGGGGGCGUCACCGCGUGUGGGGGCGUCACCGCGUGUGGGGGUGUCACCUCGUGUGGGGGCGUCACCGCGUGUGGGGGCGUCACCGCGUGUGGGGGUGUCACCUCGUGUGGGGGCGUCACCGCGUGUGGGGGCGCGCGGCGGAAAUUCGCCAGGGGAGGUGCGGGCGAGGGUCCUUGGGGGCCGGAGCUCUAA